AUGGUUUUCUUCCCUUCCUUUUCCUUUCUUCCCUUUUUUGCUCCUUUCCCCCCCUCCCUCUUUCGUUCCCCCUUUCCCUUUCUCUCCUCUUUUCCCUCUCCCCUUGCCGCUGCAGCGCCAUCCCCAUGCCGCGCCUGCUCGCCGCGGGGGCAGCCCGCGGGCAUCACCGCUCCCGUGCCGUCCCGCCCCGCAGAGCACACGUACGGCGAGGUGAACCAGCUGGGCGGCGUGUUCGUGAACGGGCGCCCGCUGCCCAACGCCAUCCGCCUGCGAAUCGUGGAGCUGGCGCAGCUCGGCAUCCGGCCCUGCGACAUCAGCCGCCAGCUCCGCGUGUCGCACGGCUGCGUCAGCAAGAUCCUGGCCCGCUACCACGAGACGGGCUCCAUCCUGCCCGGGGCCAUCGGCGGCAGCAAGCCUCGGGUCACCACGCCGGCCGUGGUCAAGCACAUCCGCGACUACAAGCAGGGCGACCCCGGCAUCUUCGCCUGGGAGAUCCGCGACCGCCUGCUGGCCGACGGCGUGUGCGACAAAUACAACGUGCCCUCGGUCAGCUCCAUCAGCCGCAUCCUGCGCAACAAGAUCGGCCCGCUGGCCCCCGCCGGGCCGCCCCCGGCCGCGCUGCCCUGCGCCCACAUCUACCAGUACCCGUACCCGGGCCCCGCGGCGCCGCCGCCCGCCAAGGCCGGGCCACACCCCGGGGGACACCUCGGGGCCCCCCCCGUGGCGCUGGCCCGCUCGUGGCCCUCGGCGCACUCGGUCACCAACAUCCUGGGCAUCCGCACCUUCGUGGAGCAGGCGGGGGCUCUGGCUGGCACCGAGGGGGCCGCGUACCCUCCCAAAAUGGAAGAGUGGCCCAGCGGGAACAGAAGCGGCUUUCCCGGGCCGGGCCAGGCGGUCAACGGGCUGGACAAGGCUGCCAUGGACGGCGACAUCAAAUACCCCCAGCCCGGCGCGGGGCUCUCCUCCAUGGGCACCUUCCUGCCGGCCUGCGCUUACCCCCCCUCCAGCCAGCCCGGCGUCUACGGCGGCUCCCCCGGCGCCUACAUCGCCCCGGGCCCCCCCUGGCAGCCGCAGGGGACCCCCCUGGGCCACCACGGCCACGGCGUGACCCUCGCCGGCGGUGACUUGAGCAUGGCCUUCAAGCAGCCCAGCGGUGAAGGGGUGGACAGAAAACCCCCCAGCCCCGUGCGGAAAGCUCCGGAGCCCCUGAGCGCCAUCCAUGGAAUCUCCAUCCCGACCUCCUCGUCCUAGAGCCGCCGAGCAGCUGCCCAGGGACUCUUGGAAUCUUGGAAUCAGCUCCUGCAGCCCGGGGCUGAAGCCCGGAGUGGGGACAAGGGGACAGCCUGGGCGGUGACAGGUGACUUUCUGCCUCGUCAAAUCCCCGGCAGGACAUUCCCGGAGGGACACUUAGACUCCAUUGGAUUGGAAAGGGAUGAUGGAAGAGACUCAGUUUUCCUUCUUUAUUAUUUUAUUUUAUUUUAUUUUAUUUUAUUUUAUUUUAUUUUAUUUUAUUUUAUUUUAUUUUAUUUUAUUUUAUUUUAUUUUAUUUUAUUUUAUUUUAUUUUAUUUUAUUUUAUUUUAUUUUAUUUUAUUUUAUUUUAUUUUAUUUUAUUUUAUAUUUUCUCCCCCUUGCUUUCAGUUUUUCUUUCUCCUUCCCCAUAUUCCCGAGAACUGUUGGAUGCCGCGAUUUCUUCCGUCCCCAGGCACUGCCGGCAGCAUUCCCGGCUCUGUCCCAGCCCAAGGGAGUAAUUCCCGGCUCUCCCAAGGAGCAUCCGUGCUGGAGCCCUUCCUUCAGCCCCUUUUCAGUGCCUCUGCCCCAGGAUGGAAAUGGACCAAAAGUGCCAAGACGUUUUAUAGGAUAUUUCUAUAAUAAGGAGUCUUAAUAAAAAGUGACAACCGU